AGAAAAUCCGCGCGGUUGCGCCGCGGCUGCUGCCGGUCAGUCCCGUCGCUUCAAAAUUUUUCCGAAUUUUUCUUCUGUGGCGCCAAACGUUGCAGUUUUCCAUGAUGGAGAAAAACUAGCUUCUGAGUUUGAUUGUAAGCGCAAUGACAGGUGGCGCCGAAUCUCCUGAAUCAGGGGCAAAGCCACUUCGAGAUGCGAAGGAGAUAUUUAUUUACAUGCACAGAAAUUUCCGCGUAUCAAGGAACAUUCGAGCACACUGGCUGUUCGAUCACCUGAACAAGACCGUAGAAAUUGAGACUGACUGGCCCGGAGAGGGCGAAUAUAGCAAUGAAAUGAGCGUAGCUGGUAUAAUAGCCAAAGGUGGCUCUGCUGACGAAUAUGUCGUAGGCGAGAAGUUCCGAGUGUGUUUGGAUACAAAGGUUACCUACAUUUCUCGUUAUUAUCGUCAUGUGUUUGUGCUCGAUCUCAGUCCAUCGACCAUUGUCGCAGACGAGGAAAGCAACUGUUGUUUACAUACAAAACUUUUAGAAUGUCUUCGGCUUAGUAUGGCAUCUGUUGGCAAAAGUUUUACUAUUCCUGGCACGCGGCGCACAUUUUGCCCACAGAUAUAUGUCAGUGUCUGUGUUUUCAUUCCUUUCCUGGCUUUCGAACAGGAUCUGGUGCUCGUUCAAGGGAUGCUGUUGACUGAAAGCAGUAUCAAUAUCAUCCUUGAUACAGUGACGGAGAAGUUCAAUAACUUGCUGAAUAACUUGUACGACUAUUCGAAGGCCAUACUGCAGAAAUGGGGUGGAUUGAAACGGCGGCAUAGAAACAAAUUCGAUUCUACUUGCGGUGACAUCGAAUGCAUCGGGGAAUACGGAAGUACAAGAACCAUAUCAAUCUGUAACGAUGGGUCACCUAGCAAGACUAUUGCCAGUAGUCGCCCCAAAAGUGUUCCCAAACCGCCUCGUAGUAUAAUGGACUACGCCAAGGGUGUUUGGACAGUAAGUAACUCUGGUGAAGACGAGAUCAACAGUAGAAAUCCACUAUGUGAUGGCUAUAUCCACCCUGAGUGGGCCUUGAUUUUCAUGCUGCGGCUUGGGCUUAUAGCUGUCCAGAUGAUGCAUGAGAAUACGCAAUCAAAUAUAAUUGUAAUCACGGAUGCCGUAUGCGGCAUGCCGGAUGCGCAUGCUUUGCAGCAGUUAUUGAGUCAGUUGAGGAGUUACACCGUAUCUUGCUCUUUCAUUCAGUUGCAAGGGCGAUCCCGUAGCGAAGCAUGCUUCGGCCAUGUGGCUUCGUGUGAACUGUUUCAUUUCCUUGCUAUGGCCACGUUUGGAGCUUACAUACCCAAUUGCCGAUGCUCUAUUGGAGUGGAUAUGAAUGAUAUCAAUGAGCCCUUGAUUCCCUCUGACACGGAGGAAGAGGAAGAUGAACAGGAGUUCAAGCCACUGAAUCCAUUUCACAGGGCAUUGUUGUGUUGGUGCUUUCAAAAUGCGCUUCAGGAUAACGUUCAUAUAACUAACCUCGUAAACGAAAUCAAUCCGGAAUUUGCUCAAUUGUACAAAAAUGAUGUUGUAAGGCAUCGCUAUAUACGUUCGAUUUAUCGGAGUGCGUUGCAUGAGAUACUUUACAUCAGGUUACGGGAAGGUUUCACGCUGAGACAAGUGAAGCUUUGUCAAAAUGAUACAAAAAUCAUGAUUGUCCUGAGUAUGCCAUUCCGUCCAUUAGUGUUUAUAGAUUACACCAUAAUCGCUAAUUGGCCCUCUGAUAAAUUGAAGAGGGAGGAUAUUACAGUGGACUUAGUCCUUCAAGCUCCUUACCAUGAGCUCAAGGAUCUCCUAGCUGAAGGUCAAUUUCCCAACGCUGUACGACAGAAACUUGUGAGAUCAUUGCGGAAUCUAAUUGAUGAGAUAUUAGAAGCUGAUCGCGUCCUUUUGCACAUCCAUGCCUUCAACACGAAUCCUGUAUACUACAGUGUACCUGAAGGUGUUUCCAAUCAAAUACCAAUUUUUACGGUUGAGGACCGAACUAAAGAGAUGACUGUAUUUCCUGGAGUACAACAAGAAAGCGCAAGGUCCUUUGUUGGUUUCUGGAGUUCCCUGUGCCAGCUGAGCGAUAAGUCAUGGCAGAAGUGGGUCCACAUGCAUGCCGAGCGGAUCGUUUUGAGAAGCUCGAAUUUGCCCUUCAACAUGUUCAAGUCUAAGAAUGGAAUCAAGAUCGACUGCCGCGCUGCUGAAGAGAAAUUACAUGAAAUCCUUAGACAACAAAGUUCGUUUUGUCUUGUGCAGCGUCGCACCUACAUCACCUUUGUUUACAGAAAAGACAGCGAUGUGCCUGCAUACUUCUACAUGGUGAAAGUUACGCUAGAACCGCCCUGUCUAAUACUGCGUACCGCUUUCUUGGGUGGCAUUAGUAGCACUGAAAGAAAAAAUAUUGUGGAUGCAUUCCGUCGUCGGCUUCUUGAUCUGCAAGUUAUUGUCGAUGGGAAAGAGGAGAAGGCACUGUCUUUGAUUCGAAGACCAUUGGAACGGAUCAUGGUAAGGUACAGGUCAAUUCCGAAAGAUCUGCAGACUAUAGUCCGAGUCAGAGAGGAUGAGUCUAUGGAGGAUCCUAAGCUGAUUAUAUUGCACAAUGCUAUCAGCAAAUAUCUGGAAUGCAGACGCCGAAUAUGGAACUUGCCGCAGCUGAAUAUGACGAGCGAUCGCAUCACAAGAGCCACAGCUGAAUACAUACUCAGCGUAUUAAUGCAGAGAAGGCUUCAAGAAGGUUUUCGAGUAGCAUGGACUCACGAAGGAAUCGUCGGCUUCUGUCGGCAGGUUAUCGUUCAAUCUGGGCCGGCUCUGCAGCAGUAUGUAAUAUUUCCGCCUACGAAAGCGGCUGUGGUGGUACGCGUAGAUCGUGAAAGGCUGCCCAGCUUGUCUGAUGGAUGGGUGUUCCAUAAUGGAAAACUAUCGCAUUCGCCGACGCAUUCGCUAUACCGUACCUCGCCAAGGUUACAACAGCAAGCGCAUCAGCUUGCUCUCAACCAGCUGCACAGCUAUCGGAGGCUGGUGUCCGAAGAGAAAGAUCGUCAAAGCGAUGGACGCCCAUUGGUGCUGAUCUCGGAAUCUUGGUCGGAACCUUGCGCCGUAUGCGAAAGCAAGGUUUUACAGAGCCCGACUGCCGCCGGAGAUGACGAACUGGUGUCUGUAUUGUUCACGAUUGAUCAACUAUUACGAAUGUGUCAUGCUCCUGCGAAUGGACCAGUAACCCUCAAGGUCUCGUCUCGGUCUCUUGAAUCACCACAUGUUACGAAGACAGUGUCUGGUUGCGUUAGUGUUGUACACCAACCCUUCGAUCUUCCGAAGCUUGUACUGCACUCUGAACGAUGUCUUGUCAUUCUACCAAAAAUCGAGAAUGCUCUCGAUUUGUUCCUGAUGGCAAUACAUGCAGAACUGGCAUCAUGUUUUGACACAUGCUUUGUUGUUGAAGACGUUUCAUUUUGGACCCAGGUGACGCCAUUGGUACGAUUGGAGGGCGAUUAUAAUGUAGAAUUGCCGGGAAUGGUCUCUCGCGUUUAUAUGCGAGAAGAGUCGCCUUGGGUUUUGAGCAUCGUUGUCGUGCCUACAAAUGUGGACAGUAUUGAAGUGCUUGAUGCCGUUCCGCUAUUAUUCUGUCUUUGUGAUGAACCGAUGUUAGCCAUAGAUCUGGCGAGACGACGUCCUCCCAAAUCUCCACGAGUACUUGAUCGGCGCUUUUCGACUUCACCCUCUGCAAAAGUGAGGGAACAAGAAAAGGCACCUGAAAUGCCAGGAAGAGAGUGGGUGUCAGGUACUCGCUGUCUAGAUGUUUUGAGAGAAAACUACAGACCAAAGCGAUUGAGCGAUGUCAUUAACGACGUUGAUGAGGCAGUGAUCAGCAAAGCUGUUGUUUCUGCUCUAUACACGGCUGUUCAGUGUGGUAUCACCAUGGACCAUGCCGUUGUUCGUAGCAUUCUUGAUGAACAAUGUGAAUGCACAAGUCUUGAAGUUGACGGUGUAGCGAAGAGUUUGAGCACAUUCUGCUCACAUCUUAAUAAGGAGGCGAAGGGAGGAGGAGAUGCCUCCGAUACAAGUUUUUGUGGGGAAGGCAGAGUGCAACUUACUUUCAAGAAGGUCCUCCAUGGAACGUUCAACCAGGUGCCAGGCUUGCCGUACUUCUACUACACGCCGCAACACAAAGAAAGUGAUGCUCGACAUCCCUUAGCAUCCGAAAUGGCAACAUUCAGUGGACUUUUUGGUGAACACCCACCACGGGGCUGGGAUGGGACUUUUAUAGAGAGAAGAAACAGUACGUCUCAGCCCGAGCAACAAGGUGAAGACGGUAGUCCCGAAGAAGCUUUCUCUUCGGCAGGAUCACUAAGACGAUCUGAUCGUCCGCUGGAUCAGUUUCGAUUGAGAUGUGCUCUGUUUGGCGAAAAUGAAAGUGAAAAGCUGAAAGCUGAAGAGAAAAAUGCUAGGAAUGCAUAUGGAGGCGAUUUCCCGCUUUUUAUUUACUUCAUGUGUUCCAUAGAAUAUCCAGACAAAUCUAUGGAUACCUUUCCUCUUACAUUUCUCCCUACUUGUGUUCAUGAGGUGCUAAGGGAAAGCAGCAUAAAACCAAAGGAAUAUGAUGUUGCUGAUGUUGUUGUGCGGUUGGAUCUAUAUGUCAUGACAUGGCCAUGUCCUGAAGAAAACCAUGAUGAAGACAGUGACAGUGAUUCCGAGGAUGAUACUACACAAUCCGAAAGGCAGAUGAAAUUUGUAUCGAAGUUACCAAAGAGGGUCAGAGCUGUAGUCAACGAGCUGAUGAACAGGCUCAAUCGGCUGGUUGAGUUGGAAACCGUAUUGAUGGAUAGUCGAAAGCCGAACAUAACAGUGGAACAAAUCAAGGAGAUUGCAAAAUAUAUAGAAAGAGAAUGCGCUAGAGACAAGGAGUAUAAAUGUGGACAAUUUGAAACCCGCUUCAGACGUUUUCCACUUGUGAUACAAAGCCAAGAAGCUACGGAUCGUUUAAAAGACAGAAUGAACGAGAUGCACCUUGAGUAUUGUGUUUUGCGACGUGUGGCUGAUGCCAACAUGUAUUACUGCUGUCAGGUGGAGGAUAUCCAAGCUUUUGAGCGAUACACGCGACAAAAAAGUGGAAGCAGAAGUGAUUCCUGUGAUACCAGCGAUCUGCUGAGACUUGAUCAACUCCAUGACUUUUGGGUAAUUUUAACUAUUGAUGACAAUAUAAAACUACAGUUCUGCCAAAGAGAAAAUGGACGUCAUGAUCGUAUUUUUGAGUUGGCUUGGCGAAAAUGUCGACAGACCAUCCGUGUCAUCAAUCAGGAGCUGCUUCUGAAUCGUAUGUUCGAACUGCGAGAAUGUGACCCGCUGCUGAUGACCAACAUAGGUGAUUCUUUAUCGACGCACGAUAACUCUUUGGAUCGAAGCAACACCUCAUCGGUAUCCGAGGAUCAUGAGGUGGACACCCACAUAGCUCACGGAGCCCGUUUCACCUUUGCGCCCGGCUAUUUUGCAUUGCUUCGCAGCAACUCUCGCGAUCCUCUUGCUUUCGGAUGCGAAGCCCUGCGUAUUGCUUUGGAACAGUUUGCAAUCAGAAAUAUACCGAACACUUAUGUUGUUAGGGAGUCAGACGGUCGAGUGUCAUAUAUGCAGCUUCAUACUUCAAUGGAGACGUUCAGAACAUCUUUGAAGAUGAAUACAGCUGCGUUGAAAAGGAAGAAGAGUAUAGAAGAGAUGGAAAAGUUCAAGAACCACAUCCUUCUGGCUGUUUAUGGCGUUGAGAAACCGGGUCAUGAGAUAUGUAAAGUGCUCAGCGACCUUCUCCAAAAACGUUUGGACCAAGUGACUCUGAAUCAGCUGAUCGAUACCCUGUCUAAGAAUUCGCAGACUAGGCUUGACAGUGCUGACGUCCAGUUUCUACAAAAAGAUCCAACAAAGCCAGCUGGUGUUUUCAACUACUCGAUUCCAAACGCUAUGGCACAAUUUUUGCAACCUCUCAGCUACUACACGCAUCAACACAUGCAGGCUGCGAUGCCAUCGGCCAGGUUCAAGGAAGAUUUUGGCUCCGGUAGCACGCACGGAAUUGACCGAUCGGUUUUCAUUCCGUUACCAUUUCCCGGUAAACAGCCGGACUCCUAUGUACCAAUCUUCUACCUCCUUGUGAAGUCUCCGCAAGGUGGUAUCAGAACCACUGGGAUUGCUGCUAUCGAACUACGUUUUGUGAACAGUACUGGUAGCAUGGCGACGCUGACCCUUGGUCGUCUGAAUAAUUCUACCCACAUGAGCUUAGCACCCACACAGUUUGAAAACGUCAAGAGGGAAGAUUUUUACAAAGAGUUGACAUUUACAAGGAGUUGCAAAGAACCACGCGAAAUGCCAGGAGUUUGUGCAUUUGCCCAAAUAGCUGUUUGGCAAGCUGGUGACGUGGAUCUUGUUCAGCUUGAGGAUCAACUCCGACAUGUUGUGCAGCUAGGAAUGUGUGACGUGGUGACAGAAUUUGGGAUUCUGAACCUGAACGUCAUAGAAGUCGGUGCGCAAUUACCUGUAAGCCCAGGACUGCACGUUAGUCCACACACAAGAUCGACAUCAUCAGCAAAAACUCCUACGACGACAUCGGAGCGACGUCAGCAGCUACGGAAGCGAGAUUCAUCUGAAGCACUCCCGACUGUAUCAACUCCGACCCUCCCAACCGAAUCAUCUCUGAAAGGCAAAGCCAAUUCUGUGUUCUCGUUCGAAACGAGGAGAGGAUCCUUUACGUCAGAGUUGGAUCGAAUGUCGGUGGAUUUUGUGCUACCGGCUUCCAAUCGCUCGCCAGACUAUGUAAAUCCGACAUUUGUAACAACGGCCGGCCCAUGGUUUGACUACGUUGUGGAGAAACACUCUGGAAAUACGCCAUCAUUUCUUUCCGAGAAAGGAGAGCGUUACACAUCAGUUCUUCGACAUUCAUGGAUGUUUGAUUGCAAGCAGAUUGUGAACAAGGCACUGCGAGAAAUCGCUGAACAUGUUCUGGAACAAGUACGAAACGUUGACGCCAUAUUCCCCGACCGCGUUCAGAUAUUUGAACCAACUCCUCGACUGUCCGAACAGGCUCCACCCAGCUCUGUGACAUCUUCGGGUAGCAAUAAGAGACUGCCUGAAAGGCGAUAUGAAGCUGCGUUACCCACUAUGCAGACUGGAAUGAGUGCAGACAUUGGACGAGAUCCUUGUGAAUCAGACAUGCCAGAUGCGUUAUUGGUCUGUCAAGAAAUGCAGGUGGCAAUAGAGACACAACGAUUUGGUUUUGAGCCAAUUGGUAGCUGUCCGGACACUUUGUUGCGACUCAAUCACAGCGUGUCGAAAGAACUGUUCUUGCCUUGCACUGAGGAAGGCCAGUUUGUUCCGAGACGGCGCAUACUGUAUGGUACGGUAAAUGGCGAGAAGUUGACAGUGUAUUUUUACAAUUUCAUGCCAUUCCUGUCAGCAUCGCUGAUGAAUAUGAUUGCUAGGGCGACUUCAUGGUACAACUCCCGAUCAAGGCUUGUGCGAGAGAUCGGCUUGCAUAAAAUGGGAAUCACGCAUUUGUCUCCUUUGGAGCACUACCAGUCACCUCCCGAAAAUCCCUACCUCGUGCUAGUGUGGCGAAAUCCAGAAGAACUGAUGGACAAGGACUAUCCUCCGGACGAUCUGCAGGUGACAGCUAUCGACGCUUUGCCAAAAGGAUAUCCGGAGAGUCUCUUCCGAUUGUAUCGUCGAGCAUGCCAUCCAUACCUGUUCUUGAAUCGAUCUCCCUGUCUGAUACAAGACCAGCUGGAGCAAAUGCGUUACAUCAGACGCAAUGUCCGAGAGCAGCUGAACACGACAAGAGCAUUCACUUCUAUACAUGAUUCUUUGCUCGUCGGAAAUAACACAAUUUCGGAAGCCGAUUUGGAGAAACUGCGCUCAGCGAGCAAAUUGUUACACUUUGUAGAAACUCCAGUGCUAUUUUUCCCAAAAUGGAGACGUAACAUUGCUGUCGUCCGAAAGCGUGGCCUGAGUGAGGUCGACGCGCGAAAAGCGAAGGUUGCUUUAGGAGCACCACCUCCGCCGGCAGGAAUCCGUCAGCGAGCGAACACUUUGAGUGUAACGCCUUCGGUACCAGCUCCAUUUCGCAUACGACCCGAUGUGGGAGACGAUGACCCUUGUCAGGCUAAGAUUCUUUAUCUGCUUAUGGGCGACUAUGUCAAUUACCUAACAACACUCGGUUUGCAAGUAUUGAAGGUUACUAAUUUGGAACGGAGGAGUGAACAACGGCACAUGUACACAACAAUUUAUCCUCAAGGAUGUAAACAUCCUCCCUUUGUGGUAAUGCAUAAAACCGUAAAAGGAGGCACGAUACUAGUUACACUAGCAUUCGAGCAACCAUACUUUGCUUUCAAAGCAUUUCAGUGGCAUCCAAGCAACCUGUGUGAGCCUACAGCCAAGCAAGAAUCUUGUAGCGAUGGUGUGCGAAAGAUUCGUGAGCUUCAACAAUUCAAAGAUCUUAUCGCGAUACAGUGUCAUCUGCAUUCAUUCACCUACGAUUUCCAUCUGAGAAUGCUGAGCAAGUAUUUGACGGGCAAAGAUAAUGUUCUCUUCUCGCCAGGAUACAACACACACGCAUUUCUUGUCGAUUUUCUUGAGUACUAUGGAUGUAGGCCAACUAGUGCAAGGAACUGCGUUUAUGAAGAGCGCUGCACAUAUACCUUACAACAUGGAGUGCGUGGGAGCGAUGUCUGGGAUCAUUUCUUGAGUUGCGAUAAAAAUUACAAGUGGAGGGUGUUGAAACUGAAGAAUAGCGAAGGUUAUGGCGAUCAACGUCGAGACGAUUUCAUGCUUGUUUCGAGCGCACCGGCGACUUCGAAUGAUGGGCAAGCGAAGGAACUAAUUCGUGUGGUGCUCCGCGACAGAAGGUUGGAUAGAGACGGCUUACAACUGGUUUUCUAUCUCCUUGCAGUAGCAACUGAUCAAACUUCCCCAAUGGAAGAAGAACGACAUCGAGAAGACUCAAGGCAGAGCGAUGUGGGAGAGUUUAAAAACUAUGAGAAGAAAAGAGAUCCGCCGAGCAGACCACUAGAAAAUGAUGACAUAAUUCGCAGAAGAGAAACUUGCGCCUUUUCCAGUAUUGAGGAGAUGAUGCGAGAAGGAAAUUUAUCCUCUUCUUCAAGGAGACGCUUUUCAAGUGGAGGUCAUCUAAAUGCAGCUUCAACAGUUCUAGGAAUUAGCAAGCCACCCCAUCUAGAAGCUGAAUCACUCCUAAGUUCGACUCGCUACACGGAAGGUUUCAUGAAAGCAGCAGAAUCCGAUGGUGACGUGCAUAGAGUAGCAGUGCAGGGCAUUGCCCCAAGACGACAUAGGAAACCUGAUGAGGACGGCACGAUACCAGGUGAACAUGUCACCUAUGUGCAUUUUCUCAGUGGUCGACAAAGAAUACUACAAAAGGAAGUGGAAGAUGCGGUUUCUCAGUACAGUGCUCAAUUAGCAGACUGUGUGAAAGAAGCUGAGUUUCUAUGUAGAAGGGCUAGUAUGUGGAAACAGGUAUUGCUACGUAAGCAUAGCCGAAGUUCACAGCCGCAAACAGGUAUCAGCAGCAUAUUUCUUGGUUCCAAUCCAAACAGGAGUGUGGAUCCCUGGCAGCCGCUUCGGUCGAUUUCGCACCAUGAAACUAUGAAACCUUCUGAGCUGAAGACACUGAUUUCAGUGGUUAGCCAAAUUUACAUGGAGAGCAGAGAGCCAAGGCUCCGGGAAUUGUUGAAAGGGACGAACUGUGCCAGACUCUGCAGAUUUUUGUUUGCACGCUUUGGACCAGAUCGAUGUCGGUUCUUCGAAUUCCCAGAUUCUACCGAAAAGUGUUUGAUCUUAACUAAUCCGGAUUUGGAUGCUAUGUUCCUCAUCGAAUGCCCCACGGAAACAUCUCCAACACUCAGCGUGCUUCUCAAAGAGCCCGACCUCGUCGAGGACACCCAGGACGAAUCGAAACGGUUUAGACAACACCGGCUGGAUUUGGCAUUCGAUGAUCUUGUCGCUUGUGUAACAGCGUUCUUGUGGACAGAUCUAUUACAGAAGCCACCGGGCACUCAUUAGUUCAGUGUUGUAAAUUCGAAUUAGUCAAGUUUUUACGUAAAUUGAAGUGAUUAUGGGUCUGACGCGUGUAAUUUAGUACUCUAAAAACCAGUCAUAUGAGAGUGAUUUCUGUACAUACUUCGUUAUAUUGAUAAAACUUCAAAAUUUUCA